ACAAGCUUGGGGGGAACUCUCACUCACCAUGCAAAUUGAUCCAUGAUUGCCGUAACCGUACCCGGCGCAAUGGACGACUUGCAGUCCCGCAUACAGGAUCUGGGAGACGUGGAACUUGCCGUGCUGGUGGCCGUGGUCGCUGGCGAGCAUUGCAUAUUCUCUGCCUCCAGCGACAGUGUGCAGAGCUUGCGAGCAGAGCUGAGCCUGACGUGCAUGAACCGCUUCCUCCGCCAGCCGGUUGUCAUCGACUGCUCGCCCGAGACGACUGUGGACGAAUUCAGCGAAGCAUUGCUGGUCGAGAACGAAGAAGGCUUCGAUGACUCCCUGGAUGACCGGUAUGGCGCCGCACGACCCACUCUGGAAGUGAAAUUCCAUCCUGCCCGAGAGCCAAGUCCUGGUCGCUUGGGGAGUCUGGCAAAUCUCGAAGAGAGGCGGCUGGCAGAUGUGGUCAUUGCCGUCGGACUGGAUUCUGCCACAGAAGCAGUCCAGGUGCAGGCCUUCGAGUUGCUUCGAUCACGACGCAUCUUCACCAGGUCCGCCAUGCAUGUGGCACCCACGGACCUCCUGUUCAUCGUCAUUCUAUCCUCGCCGGAAGCUCGGUUGACGCGCCAUCUCAACGACCUCUUCUGCAUGUCGCAUCACCAUGCUGAUGACGAUGCGUUCAUUCACCUUGAAGGUCAGCUGAACACCGCAGAAGUGCCGACGAUAAACGCGCAAGACAUCACAGAACUGCGAGACCUAGCCAACCACGUCAAUCUGACACAUGAGAUCGCGCAAUACCUUCACAACAUUGUCGUCUUUAUGCGGAACAGCCGUUUCAUCAAGGGCGGCGUGACAGCGACAGCAACGAGGCAGCUUCGCAUUCUCAGCAUGGCUCUCGCUUCACUCCACGGCCUUGACUACGUGUCACCUUCCUUGGUCGCCUUGGCGGCCCGCAAGAUCUAUCCUCAUCGACUCGUGCUUGCGACAGAGAAGACGGAACGGAGCCUCCUUUGGGGUAGUGAUCCGAGAGCAAUCCGACAUCUCAUGCAAACCGUCACAGUUGAAGAUGCGAUUGAGAAUGUUUUGGGAAGUGUCGAGGCGCCGCUGUGAACAAAUCAAAAGUUCAACAGCUGCUGCAAAAGCUAUCUUCACUCUGCUCGACCGGCGUGGAAGCGAUCAAGAUAAGUCACACUUCGACUGCGAUCUGGUCUUCCUGUCGAUAGAUUCGAAGAGCGUAAUCAGUCUACACUCAGAUAAUUCAGUCGGGUAGUGCUGGACAUGCUAGACCUCUUCGGUUUAAUCAUGACACCUCGACGUCAGAGCGGUAUCGUAGCGGGCCAUUAUGUAUUGUCCCGGAAACGCCAUAGACGUGACAGAUUCACUUCCGGCCAGUCAACCCGAAUGAGCUCUGGUGCAAUGAGAAGCACGACUGCCAAACUCUCCAACAUCUGAGAAGAAAGAAAUCCCGGAGAAAAGCGAGGAGCCAUACACGGCGUCAACCACGAUCUCCAUGAUUUGCGGCGCCCCGGCAUGUCGAUGGAGGAUGAUGGCACGUUGGACAUCAUGCUCACUGCUCGGUAUUUCACACCGUCCAGGCUCCAUGUGCUAUGCGCCAAAUCACGCGCUCUUCGCUUGACGGGCUCCUCUGACAUUGCAGGUCCAACAGCUCCAAUCCAAAGCGAAUCACCAGCUCCGCUAGCAUAACCAUGCAAACUCGAACAGCGAACAUGUUACGAGACGACAUAUCCGCGAUCACGUUCGGGUGGCGGCAUCGAGUCAAAGGAAUAGCUACGACCUGUGAAAGACGAAAGUAAAGCAGGUAGACUAGUCGGAUAACGUGGAUAAUGCUCUAUUAAUUUCUAGAGAUUUCUUAAUAAACUUUAUUAACCUAGAAGACGGUCUUUAGAUAGAAAAAUAGCAAAUAGCCUUCUAGUUCCGAUCGGAUUAAGUAUUAGCUAAUAAGGUAGAUAAGCUUCUAUAUAUAGAUAAGCUAAAGCCUAUAGAGUAUAUAGUCGAG